AUGGAAUCUCCCACUCAAGUCUCGCCAUUAACACCGCAUGAAGCGGAGGCCUCACAGGGCAUCCCGCCCGACGCGCUGAAUGAGCUGAACGAACAUCUUUCUUACCCCGCGCCGUCCGAAGUUACGGUGCCACUAGCCUCGUCCUCGGCAUCCUCUGCGCAGCCACGAACAAUUCUCAGGGACAGAUUAUACGUUGGGAAUCUCCACCCGACCGUGGACGAAUAUGCCCUAUUGCAAUUGUUCUCGAAAUUCGGCAAGGUCUCGAAGCUCGACUACCUCUUCCACAAGGCCGGCCCGCUCAAGGGCAAACCGAGGGGCUACGCGUUCGUGGAAUACUCCAACAGAGACGACGCGGAGAAGGCGCUAGCGCACGCGCACGACAAGCUCGUCCGAGGCCGCAAGCUCGUCGUCACGUACGCGAACCAAGCGCCACUUGACGCUUCGGGCGCGCAGGGCCCUGCGUCCAAGUAUCGCCGGCCGGUCAGCGACGUCGGCAAGCCCACGACGCUCAGCAUGCUGAAGAGCGCGGGUGCAGGGCGAUCGAACGCAACCGAUGCCAAAAUCGCGCGCAUGGAAGCGAAGCUACGACAGCUCGAGACUACCUCCGCCGCCGCCGAGGACUCCAGUGGUGCAAGCGCGGGUGCGGGCGCGUCCUUGUCCGGACACCCUUCGCUACCGCCCAAACCUGUCUCGGGGCCCAUCAUUCCCACAUCACGGCGUGCGCCCACAAAUGCUGCGUCGGCACCGGCACCCUCCCGCGACAGGGGGCGAGGGCGGCCUCUGCCCAUUCUCCCCAUCAAGCCGGCCAUCCAAACGACCAGCAGACCGGCGAAUACACCGCUUGCGACGUCCUCGAUGUCUACCCCAUCACCCCCGCGCGCUCCGCCCUCUCGGAAGCCGGCGCUGACAGGUGUACGUAUGGUGAAGAGCAAACCCAACAAGAGCAGCGGGUGA